AUGUCGUUGUCUGCCUCGAACUCGUCAAGCGACAAGACAGUUGGCGGUGUCAAUAAUCCGUCGGUAGUGAUCACUGCCGACUGGGAUGGACCAGAUGAUCCAAAAAACCCUAAAAACUUUGCCCUUUGGCGAAAAUGGGUUAUGGUCUUUACUGUUUCCUUCAGUUCGCUCUGUGUGACAUGUACCUCGGCAUUGUACUCGUCCAUCUAUGGACAGAUCACAGUCCAGUUCCAUAUUUCAGAGCUAGUCGCCACAGUAGGACUAUCCCUGUUCAUCUUUGGCAUGGGCGUUGGGCCCAUGUUUGUUGCGCCGAUAUCUGAGUUUUAUGGACGACGCCCUAUAUACAUUGCUUCCCUAGCCCUGUUCACUAUAUGGCUUAUUCCAUGUGCAGUGGCUAAUAACUUCGGAACUCUCCUCGCUGGCCGAAUGCUCGGUGGCCUGACAAGUGCUGCCUUCCAAAGCGUGGCUGGAGGAACCAUCGGCGACCUGUUCACCCGUGAAACAUUGCAGCUUCCAAUGAUGAUAUACACCGCAACACCUUUUGCCGGUCCAGUCCUCGGACCACUCAUUGGUGGAUUCAUCAACUCAUUCACGUCUUGGCGCUGGUCGUUUUAUGUCAUCAUCAUCUGGAGCGCCUCACUUUGGGUUGUCAUGCUCCUCUUCAUGAAGGAAACUUACGCUCCAGUACUUCUACGCAAAAAAGCACUCCGUUUGCAAGCCGCCUCAGCUAAAAGUGGUACACCUGUGCAGCCUGGGGCGCUAUCAAUGCAGAAGGUCUUUUUGAGGUCCAUGUACCGUCCUUUUCUAUUACUGCUAUUGGAACCAAUGUGUCUGUGUCUUUGCCUCUACACUGCAGUCAUCAUCGGAACCUUAUACCUCUUCUUUGGUGCCUUCCCAUUGGUGUUUUCCAACCUGUACGGUUUCAAUCUAUGGCAAAUCGGGUUGACUUUCCUCGGUCAACUAGUCGGCACAUUUCUUGGCGUCUUCCUCAAUCCUCUCUGGGGAUGGAAUUUGCAGAGAUUGGUUCAAAAACACUCACCGGAUGGAAAGGAGAUAAUUCCCGAGUACCGGCUUCCGCCCGCAAUUCUUGGAGCUCCUCUUAUCACGAUUGGCCUCUUUUGGUUUGGCUGGAGCAGCACAGCAUCGAUUCAUUGGAUUAUGCCAAUUAUUGGAAGUGUCUUUUUCGGUCUCGGCGUCUUUCUCGUCUUCCAAGGCGUGAUCACCUUUCUCGUCGAUGCGUAUCCAUUGUAUGCAGCAAGUGCAUUAGCGGCCAAUGCGUUCCUUCGAAGCAGUUUUGCCGCUGCGUUCCCUCUCUUUGGUAUCCAAAUGUAUGAGGCCCUUGGAUACCAGUGGGCCACAUCUUUACUUGCCUUUUUGACGGUCGCUAUGCUUCCAUUGCCGUGA